AUGCCCCUAUUCCACCAGGCGGCACCUACCCUACCACCUCUUACUACCCCAGCCCCCGAUGUCUCCCGUAGCAAGCUCAAACAGCUCGCGCAUUGGAUUCGCGAUGAUCUCGACAUCCUGGUUGCUCGCGAAGGCCCAGAUAUUCUAAGGCCAGACGACGUCCUCACACUGCACGAGCUAUUCGUUGCCCUGCGCCAGUCUACGAGCAUCACAGCCCUCGAUCUUCGAGCGACAGGUAUUCAUAAGGCGGUGAGAGAUGUCGCCGGCAUUGCUACACGCUGGCCGGGACGAUUAUGCGAUGACUGUGACAAGAUCAUCACCAUCUGGACCAGCAAGUUCGGGCGCUUCGACGAGCUUCAUCCGUUCUUGUAUGGUAGAGGUGGGAGACUGGAGGGUAUUGGGAGCGCGACCGAGUACACCCGUGAGGCGCUCCUCAAGAGGUGGUCAGAGUACUGUCCCGAGAGGAUACAUCCCAAGGUAUCCCACAAACACGGCGAUCUUGGUUUCAAGGCCGGAGACUGGUGGAUCAACCCUCUGUUUGCGCACCACGCAGGAAUCAUCGGGUUGGAGUCUAUUGAAGGUGGCACCACCUACGACAAGAACGGUGCAUAUGCUCUUGUGCUGAAGGAUACGGGCGAGGUUGAUGCUCGAUCCGAAGAGUGUUUCAUUUAUUCGGUCAGGGGCUGGUGUGUCCGUCAAGCUAGACUCAAGGACACUACCAGUGGGGAAUGGAAAGAAGGAGAUAUCCUUUAUGAAGUCACGCUGCAGAGGGUUGAUCCGAUACCCAUUGAAGAAGUGUCCAAACGACCGACAAACAUAGAAGUGGACGAUUAUGCGGAGUACAAACGACUACGAAAGGUUCAUCGCGAACACAAACGUAAAGGACCCGGACCGUUGCCACUGCCGCCUAAGGCCGCCCCACCUAUCCUGCCACUUCAGCUAUCAGCCAGCCCAGUGUUGGCACAGCAGUCGCUGCUACGCGUUUCAUCAAGUGCUUCCCGCCAGACCACGUUCAAAGAACCUGCUUUUGAUGCACCCAAAAAGUCACAAGACCACGACAGACAGUCGACCUCCGAUGUUGUCUCUCCCAUGACCGUCCCAGGUGUGGAAGAAUCCUUCUUCGCGCCAAAGAAGAGCGGUAUCCUGGCGAUCCCAGCUGUAAACGACAAGAACAGAAGCAGUCCAACCACCUCAGCUGACAACACCUCACCCGAGAAACACGUCCGGGUGCUCAGUCUUGGUGCUGGCUCCCUCGCCAGCAGCACUCGAUCGGGUAAAAGUGAGCUCAGGAAAAUCAUACCAUGGAUUGAGCUAGAGUCUGAACUACCAACCCCUUCGUCUCCUAAUGCACCACCGGUAGUGAAAGAGCAGAGCGUCAGCAAGGCCAUGGAGCGGCUAGAGGUGAAGGCAGCUGAGGCGAACCCGGUAAAAACCGUCAGGAGGUUGGCGAGAGAAUCGAGACAGCCAAGUGAUCUGAGUUUGUGGAGCCAGAAAGCGAAGGAGAAGGACACAGUCACGAAUGCGCUAAACCUGGGGCUUUAUUCUGCGAAGCCGAUCCUGGGAAAAAUGAAAGAGAAGGGAAGGGAGACAGAGAAAGAGAAGAAGAGGCUCACGUUUGGGAAGAAGCAUAGAUUCUUCGAUGGUGCAGGAUAUAGUGUUGAUGAGGGGGGGAAAGAUUACGCCGUCCCACCGCGUUCAUGUGCUCGCUAUAUGCGCUCCAGCUCAGCGAACGAUACGCCCCAGAUUUACUCUCCGAUGCCCAUCAGACCGCCAAGGCCGAACAGCCUCUUCAAUCACGGCAUUGAAGAUAUCGAGUUCACAUCACCACUCGACAACCUGAUUUCCUGCCCUGAGAUGGCAACACCAAUUAGCAAUCCGACAUCGCCGCCGAUGAUGACUCCUGGGGUAAGUCAGGUCAGUGGAGAAGGUAUCGCUCUGGGAAAGUUGAAGCGGUGGUUGAGCAAGUAG